CUGAGGCUUGAGCGAGGAUAUAGCAGUAUUUGAUGUAGCUGGUGGGAGCAUCAAAGAUUUCCGCGUCCCGCCUACAACACCUCGAAGUCAGCUCCGCCCGACUAUGGCCCCUCCUCCGCCCGCUUCGCUUCCCUUGGGGCAGCGCCUUGCUGCCCUCGCGCAAACGCUGCAAUUCGCAUGGUUUACGGGUCAUGUGUUCCUGCUUUUGGCUACUCUCCGCUACAGCGUGUCGUACAUAACCUUCAAUUCGGGAUCCAGAUGGGCCGCCUUCUCAUACCGUCUCGCCUUCGUCUCGGCGACGCUCACCUACGGAAUCGUGGUGUAUAAGGCUUAUCGCGCUCGUCUGAGGGCUAACAAGCCCACUGGUGUGAUUUCGCUGGCGGCGGACGAGAAUGUGCAAUAUCUCAUCAUGGCAUUGGUCUGGCUUUUCUCUCGCCAGAUCCCGCUCGCGAUUCUGCCGUUCGCUGUCUACUCCAUCUUCCACGUGCUUACCUACGUACGCACCAACCUGCUUCCCAUUUUCCAGCCGCAGCCCGCCUCCCAGCAAGCAGGAGCUAAGCCCCAACAAUCCGCCCUCGCAACCACAAUCAUCAACUUUGUCAAGGAAUACUACGAUGGCUCCAUGACCCUCGUCUCCAUUCUCGAAAUCGCCCUGUGGUUCCGCGUCCUCGGCUCCGCUCUGCUGUUCCAGAAGGGCUCCUGGAUCCUCUUGGUCGUCUACACCAUCUUCUUCCGCGCCCGCUAUGCCCAGAGCAGCUUCGUCCAGGGAGCCAUUGCUCAACUUACCGCCCGUAUCGAUGCGCAGCUUGCGAACCAGAGCACGCCUCCGGCUGCGCGUCAGGCUUGGGCUACCGCGAAGAAUGUCAUCAAGCAGGCCGUUGAGGCUACUGAUAUCAGCCGCUAUCUCGCUGGACCUCAGGGUGCGCCUAAGAAGGCGCAGUAAGCCGCUCCACGCGCCGUUUGGCUACCUCUGGCAAUAUCAGCAAAGUUACUUGUCGGGGGUGUUGGGGGGCAGGGCUUGGAUGGCGGAGAAGAUGACGUACAUUUUGGUCAGUGGAGAGGAAUAGAGUUAAGCGGG